AUGGCACAGCCUUACAUUAUUCGUGUAAUGGAAGAGAUGGGACUCGGCGAUGGUGGAUUCAUUCCGAUUGCCAGUGAGGAAAAUAAAAACAUACUUGAAUUCAUCAAUGGAUUGACGGGGAGCAAGACGGACUUGACGUCCCAAAUGCAGAUUAGCGACCAGCGAUUGGGCAAUUUGAAAGUUCAUCUCAAAAAUGCACAGCUCGAGUUCGAACAGAACUCUAAGCUAAUUGGUGUGGAUAAAAAUCAAAUUUCAACCGAACAUGGCUUGCUGAAAGUGGCUCAAAACGAUCGGACAUUCUUUCGUCAGCAGGUUUCGGAUUCAAAGAAAGAUCUCUCAGAGUUGGAGAAGCACGAUGAACGAGCUCAAGGUGACAUGAAAAAGCUGACGGGCAAUGUCGAGAAAUACACCGAACGCAUCAAAUGGGCCAAGAGUGCUCUGGUGGAGUGGAAACAGGUGAUGGGUAAUGGGGCUGAGACGAACAAGCUUAUUCUAAAGUACUGCAAACUGGAUGCAAGCCGUGCGGAAGCUCUGGAAGCAAAGCGGAAACAGCUAGAAAAUAAGAUUGCUCACCGUCGGGCAACGCUUGUAACGCUCUAUGAGGAGUACAAAUCACUAGAGCAGGUUCUGGAACGAACCUCACAACUUUUCCGGCAAGCGCAUCACGAGCGUCGCCAGCUAGUCCAAACAUGGAAGGAAGCUGUGAAGCACAUGAAUCAACGGGAAGGUAGUAUUAAAUCUGUUGAGGCAGAAAUUGACAGUGCCCGCGACAUCACAGACAUGUUGCUCGGAGACUUGCAGGCGCAGGUCGAAUUCUUAGAGCAACAGCAAAGGAACAACCACGAAAUUGAGGUCCGGAUUACCGAUCUUAAUGUGGAGGUGUCGAAACUACGCCACCGUCUAACGACCCUCAGUGAUAGCGUUCAACUGAAGACAAAUGAGUAUCAAAUCACACGGAAAUCUGUGCAAAAUUUGUCGAAUAAAUUGUCAUCGAUGCGGAACCGCAACCGCCAUGCGUUGAUUGACGAAGGGGAGAAAGAAAAACAGAUUCAUUCCAAUCUCAGUGAGUUGGAGCUGCUACGCGACAAACUCGACAACUUUCGCAGCAAGAGCCUUUGCGCGCAAGAACGUUUGAGGCAGCUAAAUGAGAUCGUGGAAUCGGAAGAAAAACAGAUACGCGCGAUGGAAACGGAAACGGAACGUCUCUCAACGGCGCUUUUCCGAGCGCGCCAGCAAUUAUUCGCGAUGAACGAGGAGGAAAAGCUGCUCAAGAUAGAGGUGCACUCGACGGAGGCCGGAAUAGGUAAAAUACGUGCCGCCCUGAAAAACUCAGAAAAAGAAAUCGUGCGGCAGAUUGAGAUAUCGUACAACGUUGACUAUAGUAUGGAAAAGGUACAGGCCAGAAUUGCGAAUAUGAAAGGAGCCGGUAACAAGCAGGAAGGUGCAAACCUUGCCCAUGCAAAACUCGUCCACGCUCAAGAUAUUCUCGAAGCGCGAACUGAAAAUUUGACUGUGCUCCUAGGGCAGAUUGUAAAAAUACAGCAGGAUUUCCGACAGUCUAGUCUGACAUUCCAGCAGGAUGCGGCCGAGAUCGAGCGGAUGACGGGCAAGUGGAAGGAAAAGACACUGAUUGUCGAAGGAGGUGAGAAGAAGGUGCGUCAGUGUACGGCCGACAAUCAAGAGCGUUUGGUAGAGAAGAGCUUACUGAAAAUGCGAAUUAAGCAGAUGGAGCGCUUGCUCGAGAGCCAAAACGACAAAAUGUACACCCUCGAACGGCACCGCAUGGAACUAGAAGCAGCAAUCAAUAAAAGAAUGGUGGACAUUUCGGCACAAAAAGAUAUGCUCGUUUUAAAGCGAAAAUAUCUUGCCGAAGAGAGAGCUCAACUGAAAGGGGACAUUACGGAGCGAUCCUUGAAGAUAGAGCAGUUAAAAAAUAGGUACGAACUGUCGCUCGACUUGCUCGGCAAGAAUGAAGACGGUUCGAUCGUGACGGCGACGCAGAUAAAGAUUCAAACAGCCCAGGAAAAAUAUAUGCUACUGCGAGAGGGUAGCGAACUAAACGUUAAGAUUCUCAAAGCAGAGGAAGAUUUGAAAGCUCUCGAGAACACGCUUAAGGUGAUGAACUACGCCAACGAAAAGUACAAGCGCGGGUUCCAGAAGGUGGAAGACGAAAAUCCGGAUAUGGUAGCGAUGGAACAUAUCCAGGCGGAUUACUGCAAGGCUGUUUCUGCUCUUAAGAACGUUCGUUCAGACCUGGCCAUCAACACCGAAAGUCUGCAUGACUUAAACGAAUGCCGCGAACAAAAUGACAAGACUUUGGAGCAAACGCAAAAGGUUAAGCUUGACAGCAACGACGUGUUGCUACGGAUUCAGAAGGACCUGCUGGAACAGAGAACAAAAAUACAGCGCGCCGAGAGGGAGCUUAAGCUUGCAGUUAAAGCGGCAAAAGCGAAGGCGAACGAUGACGAUCUUAUUUUGAUUUUCCAAAAAGAUCUCAACCUCAAGGAGGUGGAAGAGCGUAAUGGGAACGCUCUACAACAUUUGGCCGACCUGGUUCAACAAAAUUCAGAACUUGCUGCGUCCGUCAGUAAAUAUUGCUACGAUCGUGGGCUCCGGUUGCCUUUAAUUAAACGUACAAAAAGCCAGAUAUCUUGGCGCAGCGAAAAUUCCCAUGGAACUGAAUACAGUGGCCGCGUCGACACAAAUUCGUCCAAACUAGCUUCUCGCCUCUCAACUUGCACCACGACGUCUUCACGCAAUACCGAUUCUUCUGAUGACAUCGCGAAAUCUUUUGAUAACCGCAUGAGUGCCGGACUUUCUGUAAUUCUUAUCGACUUUCCGGGAACUAAGGGAGCUACUAGUAAAGCGGCGAAGAAAUGA